AAGAAGAUUCUCCACUUUGACCGAUGGACAUCUAACUCACUGCUGAAGGCUGCUUAUCUGCGGUGUGACCGGAAGAACCAGAUUUGACUUUGUUUAAUUAUUUCUGGAUCUGGGAAGCACUCUGCUUCACAACACCGCGGACACAAAUCCUCCAUGCAGCUUAACAAAAUGCUGACUCCUUUGUGAGGGUCAGAAGAUGAACGUCUCUUCCUACGGUGAUCCUCCAGUCAGCAUGUAUCAGCAGAGCUCAGGAUUUGACCUCAAUGCCAGCUGUGACUGGCUGCUUCCUCACUGUAACUGGACAUUAGUGGACAGAGCUCCACAGCUGCCUACCUUUACCACAGCAGCCAAAGUCAGAGUCAUUAUUACCUUCAUCCUGUGUGGCAUUUCCACUUUUUGCAAUCUGGCUGUUCUUUGGGCAGCCAAUGGGCACAAGCGCAAAUCCCACGUCCGAGUGCUAAUAAUCAACCUGACUGCAGCCGAUCUUUUGGUUACCUUCAUCGUGAUGCCUGUGGAUGCCGUGUGGAACUUCACAGUGCAGUGGCUGGCUGGCGAUCUGGCCUGCAGAUUCCUCAUGUUCCUUAAGCUGCAGGCCAUGUACUCCUGUGCUUUUGUCACAGUGGUGAUCAGUCUGGACAGGCAGUCAGCUAUUCUCAACCCUCUGGCCAUCAGCAUGGCUCCGAAGAGGAACAGGAUCAUGUUAACAGUGGCGUGGACGAUGAGCGCCUUGUUCUCAAUCCCACAGAUAUUCAUUUUCCAUAAUGUGACCAUCACCUAUCCAGCAAACUUCACUCAGUGCACCACUAGAGGGAGCUUCGUCACUCACUGGCAAGAAACAGCCUAUAACAUGUUUACCUUCUCCUGCCUCUUCCUGCUGCCACUGGUCAUCAUGAUUGUCUGCUACACCAGGAUCUUCAUCCAGAUCACCAAGCAGAUGACCAAAAAGAACUUGUCCUCCAGUGAACCACAUCUUCGCUGCUCAAAGAACAACAUCCCAAAAGCGCGAAUGAGGACUCUGAAAAUGAGCAUCGUCAUUGUGAUCUGCUUCAUAGUGUGCUGGACUCCAUACUAUCUGCUGGGUCUGUGGUACUGGUUCUUCCCAGAUCACCUGGAAGGGAAGGUCUCUCACUCCCUCACCCACAUCCUGUUCAUCUUCGGCCUUUUCAACACCUGCCUGGACCCCAUCAUCUACGGCCUGUUCACCAUACGCUUCCGGAGGGGGCUGAGGAAUUGCUACCACAAAGCCGCAGUAAUGUCCGACUUGGAAGCUAACAUGAUGAUAACCGAGUCCCUGAAGUGUCCUGCAGCCACUUUACCCAAUAAAAGAGGGAUAACUGCUGAUGAAAAGGACAACAGUUGUGAACAGACUAAAGUCAAAUUUACUGACAGCAGAGUCUAACUGUGUUCAUUCAGGUAAGAGGAGUGCGGCUUUGCUGUUUCAGCACUGUUUCCAGCAAAAUAUGAUAAAAUAACAAGAGCAGAACAAGACACCUAAUGAACUGGAUGAUAUCAUCUAUGGGGUUAUUUGUUUACUGAACAUUUGUUUCUUAAUCACUCCCAACAUGCAUGUGUUUGUCUCCACGUGUUUUUUGUGUACCUGAGGAUGUCCACCUUACCUCAGAUGUUACAUAACCUCUUUAUAAACACAGUAAACAUGUUUGGAGCUGUUUAAUGGUUUUUAUGUUGUGUAACUGACUCCCAUUUUAAGUCUGCUGAAUAUAAUAUACAUUCACUAGGCUCUGCAAACAACUCUGGCAUUAAAUGGUGAUGAAAAAAUGUAGUUGCCUGGUUACACAAUGCUGCUACCUGUGUUCUGACCUACGUGCUUUUACACACACCUAGAAGUCUAUCAGGGAGCCUGGAUGACUGUUGGUGUUACUGAAGCUGCAAAUUUUCAUUUACAGAUACAACUAGACAAAACAUAUGAUGCAGCCUAUUCCCUUAGGAAAAACACAGAGCAUGUUGACCUUAAUAUCUAAAUCAUAAGACAUAAUAUUAUUUGCGUAAUGAAGAAAAAGAAGAAUUCCAUCCAGUUGUGCUGUAGAAAACAAACCCCCUGAAGUCACUCCAGCAGACUUGAGUGUGUAACUACAGCAGGUGCUUUCAAAGCCAACAUUUUAAUUUGUUAUAGUAGGAAGCUGACAGGUGUUACUAAUUCUAUUAGUUACAGUUUCACAGUGAGCAAGUCUGCACAAUGCCACAAGCCAGAAAGUGAAAGAGCUCAUUAUUUACAGCUGCUUAUGUUGAAAAUGUUCCUUGUGAAAAAAGAAGUUCGACAUUUUAGUAGAACAAACUGAAGAGAUCUUUUGUUUUCUGUUUCUGUGCAGUGUUUUCUCUUACAGGAUGGAACAUGAUUUUUUUUAAAAUUCAGAUUACAUUGAUUGUUAAAGGCAUAGUCUACAUUUGCAGUUCUUCAUACUUCAUAUGGAUUAUGCAAACAAUCUGCUGUUUAUUACCUUAAUUUCACGUAUAAAAGAAAUGAAAGAAAAUGAUUUUUUUCAGCCUAUAAAAUGUCAGAAAUGGGUGAAAAGUGAAUGUGUUCAUAGUUGCAAGAAAUCCUAAAAUGCAAAUGCAAAAUAAACUAAAUAAAUGUUUCUGAACAUUACACACCUUCUUGCAAAACUAAUGUGUUCAGUGAAGAAAAGAAAAUUGAGAUACGUUUAAAAAUAGCCUAAUGCAAUAAAUGUUAAAGUUUUGGAGCAUUUUCCAUAAAGCAGUUAGCUGUACUACCACUGUAUUAAAUGACUGGAGCAACUAAUUUGAUCUUUUACUUUCUUGGGCUCAGAACUCGACUGCUAGCCUCUGGCUCAGAUCUGACGUUGGCUCCACCUUGCCAGGCGUUAAGCUCUGGAUAAUGGGAUUGUUGUCAUUCAGUUUUGCUGUUAUCAGGUACUACUUCCUGUUGUAGUUUUCUUGUAAAUUUGUAAUAAAGAUAAUUGCAUUCAA